GAUCCGAACACCAAGCCGGGGAUCGAUAAGUCGAGUCUACCGAGUUUGAUUAGAGUUGGUGCGGCGAUACGCGAAGUCAGGAUUAACAACUUUGUUAAUUGUUCGAUGCCAGUCGAGUGAUUUCUGACCGGGCCAUUGUAACUGAUGAUUGCCGGUUGGAUUGCUUCGGGCAUGUUGGAGUAUUUUGUUAGGAUUUAAUCGGAGGAUCUCGUUCGUAAUCGUGUAAUCAUACUAUUCGAAGAUUGAAAUUAUUUUGUUAAGCAUUCGCCGGGCAUUUCGCCGAUGGAGAGUGGGACUUUCUGCGAUGAGUUUUAUCGGACUGACAAUGAGUUUUAUUCGUGAAGUGAUCAUCGUUGCUGUGGAUAUUUAUCGGUUUAAUGCAAGAUUAAUUUCAGAAAGCGAAGAUUCAUUAGUUGGAAUAUUUUAUUAUUGCUUUUUAUGUUCCAUUAGUUGACGCGAUGGCUCUCAUUAAUUUCCUUAUUGUCUCGACGUACGUUUCUCGUUAUAUCGUAGCUUGGUGUUUUGGAAAAGUUACGUAAGUUUUGGUAAUUUACCACUGACACGUAGUACAUUAUGACGUUUUUAAAUUUCUUUUCCCUCAGAGAUAUUUGUUCAUUUUUAUCACACCGAUACGGAUAUACUAAGUUUCCUUGUAAUUUGCAUAUUUCUUAAAAAUAAUAUUAAAAAUAGCUUAUUAAAAAUAUCUUACCUUCAGUUAGUUAACAAAAAAAAAAAAAAUACAUACUUAAAGAUUCUUACUUUAAAUACCAAAGUCUAUAAAAUUGAAUCGUCAAAUUUCAAAAAUAUUUAUAGUUCAUGUACUUCACGCGUACACGCGAGUUUUCGAAGAGAUGAUCAGAGAUCAGAACUAAAGCUGAACGAAAUACAUAGAACGACAAGGUAUCUUAGUACGAUCUAAUAGCAUAAUAACGUUUUGAAACUCAAAGGUAGCUGUACCGAGGCGAAUUAUAACUUGAUUUCAAGUUCGAAAUCAAGGCGCCAUUCAGACAGGAAAAUCGAAUUAAUACUUUCAAAGUCGGCGCUGUUUCGUUGAAACGGAUAUCUUGUAAAAUUGUGUCGCAGCGAGAUUUUUAGUUUUCCUCGGUAUGCGACAGUUAUUCAUUCGUGGCAGUUUCAACUUUUACGAUACUUGUAUCCUACGUGAAGUUAUAUUUUAUAUCAUCUACUAAAACUGUUCAAUUAGAUUGCGAAAAACCAUGCCUAAAAGCAAUUAAUUAAAACGACGAUUUAAUAGAUGAAUAUGUAAUAUAAAAUGUGAAAGUUGCGAUAUAACGAACACAUGAUUUGACACUCAAGUAAAAAAAAAAAAAGAAAAAAUGAUUAUCAACGAAAAAUCUGCAAAUUAAUAUUUGAACACAGUCGUAAUAAAUCUAGCAACGGGUAAUUAUUUAAUGUUAAAUAUAUUAAUAAUUAAAGAUAUGAUUUUUUAAGUGUUAUAUAGAUACAAAAAUUUGUUGAAUUCUUCCUUCUCUCGUAAUGAGAUUUAAGCCGGAAAAAUUUUUGCGACAAAAUCAAAUAUAAAAAUUAUUUCAAUUUUCCUUUUUUUAAUCUAGUCAUGAUUUUCUUCGCACGUCUCUUUAAUAUUAAUUAUGAAAUUAAAUCAACUCAUAACGAAUUCACGAUCAACCUGAGACAAAAUUAUUUUAGAGCUACUCUUGACCCAGAUUAUGUAAGACGUAAAAUGUGUCGACGAUCAACAAGUUGUUCGAAUAGCUGAAAACCUGUAGCUUCAGAGUGUUCAUCGGACUGGGUAGCUGCUUGUCAACGAACUGUUUCCCCGAAUUGGGAUAAUUACUAGUAUCGUUUAUUCGCGUCUUUCGUGAAACCAGGUCGUUAAUGAAACAGAGUGCUUUUCCCUUCCACGUAUCGCGCAAAAAUGUCCCCUGGAAUUUCACGCGAAACAGCAUUGACUCAUUCAGAUGGAAACGGAAAGUCCGAGAUAAAGCGUGCGCGCGCGCGCCACUCCAAGAUCCUGAUGCACGUACGUAUGCGUUGUGAAUUACGUUCUUGACUCGAUACUUGGGAUAUCCCGAAGGUUUCAUAAUAUUUGUGUUUGGAUUUGUGUUGAAUCGAGGAAAAGACAUCCUGUUAUCAAUCCGUACGUUUUAUGGUCCGAAAAUUUCAUUAAAAAUUUUAGAUGAAUGGAAAUCUAGGAAAUUUAAAUUCUGCUCCAAUUUAUUGCAUAAUGGUUUCUAAUCGAUUACUUUCGUAUUAUUUUAUUGCAUUAUUAUAUUUUAUAUAUUGUUUUAUUUUAACCAUUGCAAUUCGUUGCACUUUACGUAAUAAUUUCGGAGCGCCAUUACAAAUAUCUAUUUAUUAUAUACUUGCUCUUUAUCGUGGUUUAUUAUCUUCGUUUAUUGUUACUUAUUUCAAUACGCUGCAGUUUAUAUAAUAAUUACCAGGCAUACGUGAUAGAGUCUGAGUCAUCCUACGAUAAUAUCAAUAACAUUGAGAAAUUCUUCGACCGCACAGAAGCAUACCUAACUGCUUGGAUGGUCAUAGCCUAUGGUACUGCGUUACAGAUCUACUUUCACAUGGAGACCUUGUAUUAAAACCUACCUAAGUGUAUUGCUAAUGUCGUUUCAUGAAAAUAGCAGUUUAACGGUAAUAGCUUGUUCGUUGAUUAAGACGUCGAGAGGACGAAAAUAAGAAAUAAUUAGCGAAUCUGUUAUGCUACGCGAGCAGCCUGACAAUGUACGUAAGUUUUAUUUUACAUACGUAUUUUGAAAGUAUAUAUUCAAAAUUAAUUAAUUAUCAGUUUAGUAUCUCUUAAUAUUACCAUUUAUAACAUUAAUAUUGAUAAUUGUAUUAUUCUGUAUGUGUAAUUAAAUAUAUAUUUGAUCAGAAGAUUUCAUGUCCUUCUUUUUGUUUCGUACUUUUAUAUAUAUUUGAUAUAUGACACAUAUUCUGGUACAUAAUUAACGAAUUUAUGUAUAAUAAAUCAUAUUUCCUCGAUUAUUUAAUAUCAACGAUUCCAAAAAUGGAUAGGUCAAAGGGUGAAUUUGUUUCUACAUCUCAGCAGAAACUCACAUUAGACUUAUAACAUGUAACAUGCAACGAAAAAGUUUUAUUAUAUGUCAGUCGCAAUCGUUCGAUAUAACGUAACAGAAAUUCACUAUAACGAUCAUAUAACUUUGAUCAUUACCUUGACGACGUAUUAAUUCCCACGAAGAAUAAUAGAUCACGAGGUUAAAUCAUGAUCUGACGAGUGGUAGAAUGAUGUAUAAAUGCGGGAAAGUAAUGGCUGGGUGCUUGUUCAAAGGGGUUUCUGGAUGGUUGAAAGAGAAAAGAGGGUAAAGUGGCCGAGUUCUCAUCGAGGGAGGACAGCAGAGAAUUCUUCUUUCUCUUCUUACCAACUUUUACUCGAGCGAGCUUCCUUCUGUGCCUUCAAUUUUCCCUGUUCGAUUCGCCACUCUUAUUCAGUCGUCGAAAAGCCAAGAAACGAAUGUACUUUUCCUCGAUACACUGUGCCGUCGUCAUGGUUACCAUCGUCUUGGAUAAUCUUCUGCCUCUAAGGACAUGUUCUCCGUUAUAUCAGGCCAUUUUAUUUCUCAGUUCGACAAACCUAUUUCCAGCUACCAGUUUAGUUAUGCGAAAAGUACGAGCAUUGGCGAUCGAUGGCAUCAAUUACAAAAAUUUGUAUCGAUUGACAAGAUCAAAUAAAGGACAGGAAGGUAGCGCAGCAAGGAGGAAAAAAGACCAAAGUGGCAAUAGUGUGUAGGCAUAAGUGGGAAUAGUGUGUAGGCACAAGUCGCAUUAGAGUGUAAGCGUUAGUUUAGACUAGAGGUAAGAAUAGGCUAAGUGCAAUAAUGUGUUGUAAAAAUCGAAAGUUCGUCCAAAGCCGAGAGGCACGGACUAAAAUAAAUAAAUAAAAAAAAAGAUCAAAUAAAUUUGAGUUUCGUUAAAAAUCAAGCGUUUCCAUGAAAAUGACUCCUUUUUCGUCGCAUGAACGACUUAGUGUUUAAUUAAAAGAACAGAAAGUUACGAUUAUAGAUUGUUACGUAAUUGGAGCCAUUUAGCAGCUUUCGUAUUGAUUUAUAAUCUUUUAAAUUGUCCUUUAUAUUGGAUUUUACAUCGAAUUGCUGUCUACAUAGCUCUUUUAUCGCAGGAUCAAUUUAUCGUUAAUGUGACAUUGCACAUUUUACAAAAUGAUGGGUGUCCUGUCUUAAGGAUAUGAAGAAACAUGUUUUCAAUGUUCUGCCUUAAUUCUAGAAAUUAUGACUCGAUUAAAGGCAAUUGUCAAAUUAUUGUUUGCCUUCAUCUGAAAGGAUUCAUUUAUUUCAGGAUAAAAUUAUUUCAUUUUCCCUUCUAACUGGCCUUUUGGAUUCCCUCAGUCAAUUCUUAUAGCGGAGAAAAUGUCAUUAACAGAGAGAAGGACUCAAGCCUGGAAAGACAAUUUCCUGGUGUCUCAUGGUUCACCAUUUCCUUUGACUAAAGUUGUUCGUCUAUUCUGUACCACAAGAAACCACCGGCUUUCAGUCAUCAUAUUCAGCUCCCUCUUAACAGCUUUGAUCACUCUACUGCUAUUAAUAUGUCUCUGUUUGACAUUACUAAUCGUUACUAUAUCUCUUUCGUAUAAUUCGAGAAAAUGUAUAACAUGCUUUUCGUUCAGCGAUUAUGCUAGAAACCAGAUUAAAAAAAGUGUACGUUCGUAUGAAAUAUUUCAUACGGUGGUUCUGUUCAAUUGAAAUUAAAAUUAAAGAUCGAUGGAAGUUAAAACGCAAGUUUCGACAUUUUCAUUGAACAUUGAAAUUUACCUGAAUUCAGAAUGCGAGAAAUAAAAUAUAUCAAAGCAGUCGGUCAAAUUGUUUUAGAAAUAAAGAAGGCUUUGCUUUUCAAUUUAACAUUAGAAUUUUAAAAAAUUCGUCUUUAUAUUAACGUCAUCCAUUUUAUAUUUUUACUAAAUUUCCAUUUGAACGUUUUAAGUUUAAAAAAGUCCUAUGUUAAUUAUGUCUGCCAAGUUUUGUUAAACAAUAUGUAUUUGGCGUUACACUUUCUGUUACUAAAAUCAUGUUAACAUGAUUAACGAUUAUACUUAGGGGAGGCAUGACGCGGAAGAAAUAGUGUAUUAUUCGCAGCCAUUCGUUUUCACGCUGGCAAGAGGAAAAGCUAUCGGCAAAUGUAAUGCAUUAUGUAUGAGUGCGUGAUAUUCAAGUAAAACGGCGCCGAUUCAGGAAAUGAAGCCUCUUUAAGAAUCACCACAGUCAAGAGUAAUACCUAUGAAUGACCUCUUCUUUUCUGCACUUAUUUUGGUAAAAAGAAUGUUUGGAUAUUUCUGUUCUCGAAAUGUAUUAUUUCUCUGUUUCGUUAUUAAUUCUACAACAACGAUAUGUUCUUUCAAUUCUAAUUAAAAUUCGAAAUAAAAUUAAAAUCCCAUUCUACAAGUACCAUUAUGGUGCUUCUGAUUAAUUACGAACAGUAUAAAAAUAAAAAGGAAGAAACAAGAAAAAUGUUAUGAACUGACAGUGGAUAUAGGAAAAUUUCUGACACAAGGAAAUCGCAUUAACCUGAAACGUAGACUUUGCUCUGAAGCACAUCUCUAAAUCCGUACUUAUGUACCUACAUAUUUACAUUAAAAAAUCGCAUAAAUUUAUAGAAUUGCAAGAUACGGAAAUCUUGGAAAUUCGAAAUAAAAUUAAAAUUCCAUUCUACAAGUACCAUUAUGGUGCUUCUGAUUAAUUACGUACAGUAUAAAAAUAAAAGGAAAGAAACAAGAAAAAUGUUAUGAUGUAGAACUGACAGUGGAUAUAGGAAAAUUUCUGACACAAGGAAAUCGCAUUAACCUGAAACGUAGACUUUGCUCUGAAGCACAUCUCUAAAUCCGUACUUAUGUACCUACAUAUAUACAUUAAAAAUUCUCAUAAAUUUAUAGAAUUGCACUAUACGGAAGACUUGGGAAUUGUCUGAUUGAUAAGUUUCUAAUGAUAACGUACGCGAACCUUCCGUUCCAAGUUAGUAUACUUUUAAACUGAAAGUUCGUAAUUUUCUUGUAGCAAAGUAUCGGCGUGAAAUUGUCAUCGCUCGGUUUCUGCCACGUCAACAAAUUCGAGAAGGCGUUGAGUUUUAUUGUCUCCUUAGAAUAAAUGUCAUAACCUACCUCGUUGAUGAGAGAAGAAAUGUACAAGAAUGUUAAAUUGACGGUGUAGAAAAUUAAUUUACGAACAAUUACAGUCGCUGUCUCUUCACGGUUCAAGGAGAGUUGUUUGUUUAAUGUAACAGGUCGUUCGCAUAUAUGUAGCUCUCCCAAACAGAUACUGCGUCAAGAAGAAAAACAAUACGGAGAAAAUUAUAUUCCGCGCGUUAUUUCCUCGUCACAGAUGCAUUCUUCGAUUUUACAGACUAAUAUUUAACGGUACGUCGUCCUUUGCUCCCUGUCCUUUCUUCCUUCAAUUGCCUUACUUUUUGUCUUUGUCCAACAACCGCUCAAUGGUUUUCUUUUUAUAUUUCUUGAGACUUCCUUUCGCGUUUGAUCGAAAAGGACGUCAUUCUAGAUUCUUACAAGGAAAAAGUUUCAACAUAAGUCGAACAUAUUUGGAGAACUUCGCUUUGAAUAAAGAUUUUUCUGCUUUUCGAUAAAUUUUCUUUACAUUUCAGCUUUGCUUUUCAAACGACGAGACAUCCUGAAAGAUUAUGGGAAAUUAAUACGAUUUACGGUAACAACGCUAUAAAGUUUAAUAUCAGGACAUGGAUACGGUGAAGGAAUACCUAGGGUACAUCAAUCCUCAUUGGGUAGCGGUGGUAGUAACAGGAAUGUACACUCAUCUUCGACAAAUUUGCAUAAUUGGCUUAUGUUUCGACGAAGAGAGUACUCCGUUCGAUCCGUCUUACGCGUCGGUGCUUUUCAUAUUUUCCGUAUUGUGCCUCUUAGCGGAAUAUAGACUUUGGCCUAGAACGCUUAAAGAACCACCUAUUCAACUUCUUUACAUUUACGAAAUGUUGGUUGCAGCAUUGACUACAAACUUAACCACACGCGCUAUCUGGGUUCCACUCAUGCACGUCAUCUAUUGUUUGACCCAAGAAUCCAGUAAAUGUUUGCUAUGGUUGAACACAGUGUUGGGAUUAAGUCGCUACUCGUUUUUAACUGAAUUUGCAUAUUAUAUGGCGAAAGAUUGUGCUGCAACGCAUAUGGCUUUCUGCAUGUCCGUAUUGUCGUUCGUUUGGAUGCUGGAUGCCACCGAAUCCUUGGACGCGAUUUUGGACACUUGGGCCAAGUAGUGAACCAGUAAUGUUUAGUUUUAUAAGACACUUAUGUCGUAGAACGAUUUAAACAUAACAUUUCACAGUUAAAUGACGAGAUAAUUAUUUAGUAUAGGUAUUUAACUUGAGUACAAUUUCAAGAAUUUAAGUAAUUAAAAUUAUCGUGUACCGUACACGGUCCAGUAACUUUGUUCUUUUUCCUUUUUUUCUACGAUUCUUCCCUUCAUUUUUCAAAUUGAAACUUUACGCAUUAAAUUUGCAGGAAAAGAAGUUUCGACAGUGUACCGUAUUAGCCUAAUCUUUAUCAUUUUAUUAGGGAUAUUAUUUGUCAUUGUACGAUAGUUAUUCUGGCUUACUAGGAGGAACGAUUAGUAUACGUUGACACAAUUCUACAAGUUUCUUCGAAUCAUUCAGAAACCCCUUGGUUUACGAAAUUAAAAAUUUUAUUUAAAUCUGCAAAUAUAAAUGUAACACGAUGUAUUUCGAAUACAAAGGGGAGAAUUUAAAACGUGCCAGUUUAAAGUUGUCAACAAUUUUUCCGAUAGGAAUAAUUUAAUCGUAAUGAUCGUGCAUCGUUUGUACUUAGGGAAAGAACUAAUGGACUAUUGGCUCUCUGUAAAUGUAAAAGGAAAAGGAUUAGUUUUGCAAAUCCAGAAGUGACCGAUUGGUUUGUAUAUAAAUUUAUGUGCAGCACAGAUUCCUUAAGUAAAUACAAGCAACCAGAGAUGUAACUUAUCGAAUUUCGUUGAUUUGUAUUUGUCUAUUCUAUAACUUUGUAUUUGUAUAUUUGUAAUAAAGUCUA